AUGGAGGGUGACGAUGAUGCUCCCGCUGCAGUGAAACCGCCUCGAGAAGACUCAACAGAAGGGCCUCCCGCUGAAGUGUCGGAUAAUCCGUUAGAUGCGCCUCCCGCACCCAGACCCGAGGCCGAUGAAGGAGAGGCGGAUGAGGACGAAGAAAUGGGUGGGACUGAGGGCGACAAGAAAGCCGAUGCGAAUGGAACGACGGAGGGUGAUGGAACGAACGAAGAUGCCCAGGCGCAAGCGAAAACCACGAUCGAAGCAUCGGCGAGAUCACACCUGAUUGCGCAAACACACGCCAUCAUCCUCCCGAGCUACAGCACCUGGUUCGAUUUACACGAUAUCAACGCGAUCGAGAAGAAAGCUCUCCCCGAGUUCUUUAAUAGCCGCAAUCGCAGCAAAACGCCGGCUGUGUAUAAGGAUUAUCGCGACUUCAUGAUCAACACAUAUCGUCUGAAUCCAGCGGAAUACCUCACGGUCACCGCGUGCCGUCGGAAUCUUGCGGGCGAUGUCUGCGCCAUCAUGCGAGUGCACGCGUUUCUUGAGCAAUGGGGUUUGAUUAAUUAUCAGGUUGAUCCCGAUGCUCGCCCAUCGAACAUCCAACCACCAUUCACAGGACACUUCAAAAUCACGGCUGAUACACCUCGAGGUUUGCAGCCUCACCAACCCGCGCCAGGUUCCGUCGUUACACAAGGAAAGCCAUAUCCUCCAACGGAGCGAUUAGCGAACGCGGCGCCUCCCACCAAAGCCGAUCUUAACCUCCAGGUUCGCCGAAACAUCUACGAGUCGAGCGGAAAGGAUGUGACACCGGCAAGCUUGAAUGGUGGCGCGAAUGGUGAUGCAAAUGCGACCAACGGAGCAGCGGAUCAGCGGCCGCUCUCAGCCAAAGAGCUUGAGGAACUGCUGAACGAUCCGGGCAAGACAUUCCAUUGCAUGCAGUGCGGUACGGAUUGCACCCGAGUCCGGUUCCACUAUGCGAAGGGAACUCCUGUACCGGCGCAGGGCAAGCCGUCGAGCGAAACCAAACACGACCUCUGCACUACUUGCUUCAAAGAGAAGAAGUACCCUCAAGCCUGCCUUGCGUCUGAUUACACCAAGCUCGAGAACCCCCGAUACUCGACUAUCCCCGACCGAGAUGCUCCUUGGACUGACUCGGAGCUGCUCCUUCUCCUCGAAGCUCUGGAGAUGUUUGACGACGACUGGAACCGCGUCGCGGACCACGUCACCACCCGGUCCCGCGAAGAGUGCAUUCUCAAGUUCCUGCAACUUGAGAUCGAAGACCAGUAUCUGGAUGCCGAAUUGGGCGUCCGGAUCCCCUUCACCCAAAGCGACAAUCCCAUCAUGUCCGUCCUCGGCUUCCUCGCCUCUCUCGCCAACCCCAACGUCACCGCCGCCGCCGCUCACCGAAGCGUGGAGGAGAUGAAGCGAACACUUCUGUCGCGACUUGAGAAGGGCGACAAACCUGCUGAAGAAGGUACUAGCAAAGAGAAAGCACCCGCUGGCGAACCCUCAGCCGAAGCAUCUGGCGUGGACACCGUCAAACACGAAGACGCGAUGGAAGUUGAUACCGCCGAACCCAGCGACGUCGUUGCUUCAAGCAAAGCCCCCUCCCAGCCCCAACCCGACCUCGGCAACCCCAUCACCACCAUGCCUUUCGCCCUUGCUGCCGGCCGCUCGGGCGGCCUCGCCUCGCACGAAGAGCGCAAGCUCACGCACCUCGUGUCGGCGGCAACCAACAUCCAGCUGCAGAAGCUGGAGCUCAAGCUGCAGCAGUUCGACGAGCUGGAGGGGUGGGUGACGUCGGAGAAGCGCGACGUGGAGCGCAAGCGGCAGGAGCUGUUCCUCGAGCGGCUGGCGUUCAUGCAGCGCAUGCGCGAGGUGGAGGAGACGUUCGCGAAGGCGCUAACCCUGGUGAGCCCUGUGGCGGGCAUGGAUGGGACGGGGGCGAUGAAUGGGGGGGCGGUGGGUGGGACGGCGACGCAGACGCAACCCGCGGUGGAUCAGGUGGUGGAGGCGGCGAAGAUGGUGAAAGAGGCGUUGGAGACAGGGCCGGGGAAGCCGGGUGGAAUCGGGCGAUUGGCGGUGACGAAGAAGGGGAAGUCGAGCUUGGCGCCACCGGAGGCGUCGGAAGGAUGGCGGGGGUUUGAGUUGUAG